AAAAACUUGAAACAUGUUUGAAAACAAGUAAAUAAUAAUCAUGUAUGCGAUUAGAAGGAAGAGGCAAACAAGGUGGAACAACACAAAGGAAGUAUCAAGUAGCAUAUAUACAAGGUGCGCUUGUAUCAAGCCACGCGAUGCUAGAGAGCAAAAAAAGAAUUUAGGUUGGGGUAGGAACUCACACUUUCACUGUACCAAGUAGAUUAUAAUGACCUCCAUUGUGAGAGUGGGUCUGGUCUAAUACCAUAAAUAAUUUCUCUUUAGAGGAAUUCUAGGUUCAAUUUUGGCUGGUGUGUUCUUGAUAGGCCAUAGGCUAUGUAUUCUGUAAUCACCAAUUCACACCUCUUCAGCAAUGUGGUGCUUUCUGUGAAGUUGCUCCACUCUUUGAACAUGUUCAAACCACAUGAGCCUUGCGCUUGCCUUGCUUAUUUUCCCACUUCAUCUCUCAUAGUUGAUACACAUCUUCACUAUUUUGUAUUUUCUAUUGUGGCCACCCAGAACCUGUUGGAUGAGCUAAAAGUUGAAGCAAACAUACUUCAAGUUCAAAUUCAUUCGUUUGGUGAACUCAUUAAGCUAUAACUCAUUUAAGCUAUGUUACCCAGACUCGUCUAGAAGUGUCCAAAAUGGAUACAUGUCCAAGUGUCGGACUCGGCAAUAUUUUGAAAAAUUUACAUAUUUUUGGCCUAAGAGAGGUGUCCGAGUGUCCAUACCCAUGUUCGAAUGUCGAGUGUCCAACACGGGUACUUGAGAAAAAUUGAAGGGUCUGGGUAACAUAGCAUUUAAGUGAAUGUUGGGCGUGGGCCACAAGUUAGAACUUAGGAGUACAUUUGCGGUACCUUUUUUCAUUUCGCUUUUUCACUCUGCUAAGUUUAGGAAUUUUUUUCACUUAAGUUUGUUUAUUUUUAUUUCAAAUAAAUAUCAAGUUUUUUAUUUCAAGUAAUUUUAUAUUUUAUGUUCAAAAUUAAGUAACUCUUACUUUACUUUUAAGUUGAAUGUUCCAUACAGAUGAACAAUACUUUUACUGUUUGCUUAAAGUUAAUGUAAUAAACUGUGAGUUAUAUGGAACUUAUUUUAAAGCAACACAAGUGUGGUUUGGAUCUAAUAAAACCCGAACGUCUUUGCCGCCUUUCUGAUUAAGUGUUUGCAGAACCCCAUUGUACAUUCUCUUGUAACAUCGUUAAAAUAUAGAGAGCAAUUUGUUAAUGCAAUUCCAGAAAAUCAGCACAUCGUUUAAAUCACAGAUAUAAUCAAGUCAUCACAAUUCACAAAUCUGAUCUUGUCUGAAUUAGAAUAUAGCUAUAGUUUAGGAUCAGUUUCUGAUUCUGUAAUGACACCAGUAUCUUACACUUGUAUAAAUCUCCCAUAAAAUUGCCUGUAACUAUUCCUGUAGCUGUAUAAUGUUCAAACCAUACAUCAUUGAAUCACAGAAGAUACAGUUUCUGCACAAUUGUUUUUAGUUUGUACAAACUGAGCCUUGUAUUUACCAUUCAAUGUUUUUAAUCCUGUACAUAUAUGGUAUCGUAAUCAGAUGUUAUGGUAACCGGCUCCUUCUUAACUCCGAUAAAUGGGAUACUUCAGAGUUAUGCUUGUAUUGAUUUUACAAAAUAUCCUUGAACCCUAUUAAAUAUUAUAUGCCUGGUAUGGAAAGUGCUUGUGAUAUUCUGUGUCCUGUGGCACUUGAAAGGGUAAUCCGUAUGCCAAUGUGAUGUUUCCGUUGUGAUGUAGUGCUCUUUAUUGUUUUUUUAGAAUAAAUGCAUUUAUCGUUAAUUAUUUUGUCCUUGUGUGGUAUCUUUUGGUUAUUUUGAAGAUAUCGGCAAUGCAUUUCACAUGGUCUCUAUGUCGUGUGUGUGAAGAAAAAUGUGACUUUAUUUUGUAUUCCUUUGUCGGUUUUAGCUUUUCGAAAUCAUAUGGGAGAAGGUUGGCGUCCCUAUAGAAUUGACCGUCGUACGAGCAGAUAAUGUUGCGCCGAUACAACUUAAUAUGGUUUUUGUUGAGGCAAUAUUGGAUCAACUUUACAGUUGGCCUGCUAAUAAUAGCGAUGAUUCUGAUUGACAGUUACACGAGUGAUAUCAAUCUCUCUUUUGUGAAAGAAGGUGAAAUUAUCUUCCCUGCUGAUCCAGCUGGAUUUGUUCAGUUGCAUGAGAAGGUAAAGCCAAUUACAUGGGCCAUCAGCUUAGUUAGAGAAGGUCAUGAUAAAACACCAUUGGGACUUGCUUCUCGUUUCUGUGUUAGCAGUGAAGGUUUUAUAAUGACAUCUGCACGGAGUUUUGAGGGAUUGAAACAAAAAUUUGAGAUUCGGGCUCGUAGGCUCGAUACGGACAAAAAUGUAAAAGCUCAGAUAUUCCAUGUGAAGAAAGAAUGGGAUAUGGUGAUGUUAAAAGUUGAAGGUUGUGCUUGUGAAUCCGGAGUAUUUGUAGCUGACAAUGCAUUUUAUUGUGGCCAGCCACUACUAUGCAUUGGGCGUCUUCUACAUUCCGUGGGAUCGUUCAGGCUUGGACAGGUGGCCUUUAAUACUGAGAAAUUUGUGAGGGUACCAAAGGAGGAGGAUAAUGAGUUGAGAUGUGGAACUUAUGGUUUUGAUUCGUGGGACCACAUACCGGCAUAUCGAACAUUUGGUGAAAAAUGGAACAACGAAGUUUUUAAACAAUUGGAGGUCACUUAAAGAAGAAAUUUCGAAUUUGAAGAACAACUACAACCUUAUGUCCCUCUCAUACAUUGCAAUGGCCUUUUGCAAUAUCGUGGUUGUCGUGACUUGAAAAAGCUAUAUGGUUGUUGGGGAGCACCAAUUUUCAAUCUAAAGGGAGAAAUAGCAGGAAUGUUAGUUUGAACUGUUAGUAAUUUUGAAAUAGGCAUCCAUGUGGCUGCACUGAAAAUAUUCAAAGAUGAUGCAUUUAAGAAAAUUGGACCUAAAUCGGCUGACAAAGAGGGCGAUUCGACAACGGAAGGGAGUGCUCUAAAAAAAGCACGGACAGAUUGAGACUAUCUAUUGUUUACUCGCCUAAACCCUUUCACAGGUCUAACAUAUCUCUCAUCUCUAGCACAAACAGACUUGUAACGCAUAGAGUUCAAUGCAUGAAGGAGACGACAAAGCUGUUUUUGACGCCAUCCACAUGAGUCAGUCUAUAGCCCAGACCAAUUAUCAGAGAUGAUCGGAGAUUCACCUUUUUGCUUCUUGAUCAGAGCACUCUAGAGAUAUUGCAGUCAGUGGCAGAUACAAGAUUUUAUAUAUAAUGUGUCACUAAUUCGACCUUCAUUCAGUCACUACUCAACAAGCAAGAAAAGCAAUAAAUUUUAUUAAAUAAUUCCCUGCGGCAUUUUCACAAACACCUUGUAAACUCAAAAUUUUCUUUGCCAAAGUGUAUAUUUUUUGAAAUUUGAGAAACCAAAAAUUAUUAAGACAAUUUAGAAGAUGUAUGUGAGGAAUUUGAAGGUUGAAUACAUGAAUUUCUAGAUAAGUGAAAGAACAAAGUAGUCAAGAAGUCUUGAGUAUAGAGUCUAACAUGUUUUACAAAUGCUGCAGAAGGACACACACAUAUAAAAAAAAAAAAAUUAAAUAAUGGUGUGUAACGUGACACACCAUUCCAUGCUGUACAUCCGCCACUGAUUGCAGGGGCUCAUGCUGCUUAUCCACUUGUGCACGCUGAAAUUGCACCAGGUCUCAUGGAAGCAAUUGUUAACCAUGCAAAUAUGGAACAUUUGCAGGGGAAGGCCGAAGAUGCAUGUUCCUUGUAUGAACAGGCCAUUGCAAUUGAAAAAGGAAAAAAAAAACAUUCUCAGACCUUGCCAUAAUUUUUUGCUCAAUACUCUUGAUUUUUUUAUUUGGUAUGUCUUGUCCCUAUCUAUUAGGACACUAUACUCUCUAUAAAUUUGUACAAUUACCAAUAAAUCUAUUUCAUAAUUGGAAAAAAUCAGAGAUUUAGGCAAUUAUCUAAAUUCCAGUAUUUAAAUCAUGGUGGGUGCCUUGUCCUUGAUAUCUGAAAUUCUUAUAUUAUUGUUGGUCAUAUAGUAGUGUAUGUAUCGAUUUAUACAUCUGUUGUUUUAGGUUUGCGGGAAGGCAGGAAAAGCAAGGGAAAUUCUGGAGCAAGCACUCGAAAUUUGCCAACUAUCAGAAUGGCAGAAAGUUGAAUUUCGUGCUAUGGAAUGAAUUUUUAAAUGCACUGAAUGAUAGAUUUGUUCUUUAAAUAGGCAUUACGCUAAAAGGGUGUAAGUGAAGCUGAUGUAGAGAAAGCAAUAAAAUUAUUUUUCAAAGAUUCCCAAAUUCGGAGAAGAUCAAUCUAGAAAUAUAGAAGAAAAUAUUCUUUUCGAUGGGCCAAUGGACAAGACAAAAUAUAAGAGUGUUAUAUCUGCUUGUUCGCUGAAAAAAGAUUUGGAGCUUCUUUCACAUGGAGAUCAGACAACUAUUAGUAACAGAGGCAUAAAUUUGAGUAGUGGCUAGAAGCAACGUGUGUAGCUUGCCAGGGCAUUAUAUCAAGAUGCAGACAUCUAUUUACUUGAUGAUCCCUUUAGUGCUGUUGACGCACACACAGGUUCAGAAUUAUUUAAGGUUUGGCAGGCCAGGCUGUGACAUAUGGCCUCAACAAAUUAACUGAAACAGUACUCCAACAGUACAUCAGCAACAAAUUUUCACUUUUUGGGGACUACGAAAUUUGUGAACGGAUAAUAGUCACUUAUUAUUGACGCCAAUAUAUUUACAGGUUUUUUGCAGUGAUAUUUGGCUUGAGGUUGGGGACAAAGGGGGGUGGUAGAGAGCUGGCAUGUAAAGAGGAUAAGUAGUUGGGCUUUGGUUGGUGGAUGUAACCGCAAUGUGGUUGAGAGUCUCCUUUGACAGUUGAGUUAAGAGUCCAUUAUUCUGGCAAACUUUGUAAUUUUAGGGUUUGCAACUCGAUUCUUCCUAUAUUUGUCUUGGAUAAGGGAGAUAAGCAUUCCCAUGGAAGAUGAUUCAGAAAUUCACGUCCCAUGAAAGAUUUCUUUUAAUUUUUCAUGGAAUCGCAGGGAGUUCUCAAACUUAUGGAAUAGGGAUUAUGUGCCAGAAGAAUCUGGGAAUCGGCACAUGUGUUAGUUAUAUUUUGACUUGUUAGCAGAGCAUUUACGAUGAUUUUAUGGUGUAGUUGUAUAACUGUAUAGAAUAGGUGAUAUUAUAGGAAAAGUUUUUACAAUUUUAGCAGGUUAGAAUUCAUAUAUAGGGUGGCACGAGAUCCUAUUCAAUAGGUGGACCUUAUGCUUCGAAAGGAAAAGUUAGUUGUGAUCAUAUAAGAGUUGUGCACUUGCUUCUGAGCUUACUGUAAAUAUGGCAAGAAAGUAUUCACAGGUUAUGUUAUGCCAUUCUUUGAUUUCAGAUUUAA